AGCGAAGGUUGUUUAGGGCAUGCUUCGAGUGAUCAAAUAUUUUUGUCUGUGUAGGUGGUCGUUUUAGUGCUCUAAAGUAGUGUGCUUAGAGUGUGUGCGUAGCUGUCAUAGGACGGUAAUAGAUUUAUCAUCAUGAGGGUCAAACGGAAGUACGGCAGCAAGAUGUACGAAAGCUCCUGCUCAUAUCAGACGGCGCUGGAUCUGAAACGGGGUGCAUCCCCACUCGUAACGCACCAGGUAAAGUCGGAAGACUGUCUCGGGUUGACACAGUGUACCGAUUGGGGUACGUACCGGUUCCAUCAGUCAACGUUCGAGCAGUUGAAGCAGAGUGUGGAGAAGGCUAAAGCCGCGCUACAGGAUCGGACAUCUUUCCUUGGCAGUUCGAGUGCAUUUAGUGACAUAUAUUCUUCACCACGGCUAACAGAAUCACUCGAGAACGUUAUCUCACACACUAGCGGUAACAAUAACAGUAGUAACAACACAGGCACAGGCACUAAUCCGGUUUCGAACGGGAACGCUACCGCCGACAGUAAUAACCCUGCAAACGCUAACGCCGGUAGUAACGCUGGUAACGCAGGUGCAGGUGUACUAAACGUCAGUGGUAGUAACGCUGGUAGCGGUACGGGGAAUGGCGCUAACACCAGUGCCAGCAGUGGAGGUGGUGGUGGUGGAGGAGGAGGUGCAGGAGGAGGUGGUGGUGGAGCAAGUGGAACAAGCGGUGGUAGUAGUAUCAGCGUCAUAAACGCAACCUCGCUCGUGUCACCUUCGAAUCUGCUUGGAAACGGGCUGUCAAGUCAACGCCAUCGAAGUGAUCUGCUCGGAUCGGGCAAUCUUAAUCUGGUGUCGUCAACGCAGUCGCCCACAACCACCUCGACACCGUCGUCGAUACUGUCCCAGAAUCUGGAGUCACCGGUGGAUGUCAAAUCCCGACAAGAAAAUGGAUGGUGUGGAAAGAUGACUAGGAAGCCGUGCAAGAUAUUCGUCAUCCCAACGCCGCGUCAGCGAUGGAAGUCAAAGCUGCGGAGCAAACCACCACCACCACCACCAAACAGCCACAUAAAAGUCAUUUUUCAUCCCAUCCAAGACGUACCUCUCACUGACUGUGGAGAAUGAAUGGUUUAGUAAGACGGUUCAGUAAGCCGAGAUCUGUUUCGCGGCCAUUUUGCUUGCCCGUUUUUAUCAGCACCAUUGGAAGUUGGAACUGGCAGGGGCCACGCGUUUUGCCACUGCCAAUAAUAAUAAUCAACCCGUCGGAACGUCCGGAAACGGAGCCCCAAAAAGACGGUUUCGGUAGAUCUUUGAUAGAGCGAUUCACACGUUCGUACGGGUUCGCCACUCGUUUCGCCCACUUUCGAGAAUCGGCUGGGUGUAGCAAAGUUAGGGGAAUGGCAUAAGUUAGCGAUAAGCUUACUGGCAUAAGGGUGUGGCGAAAGAAAAAGGGAUAACGAGAAAGGCAACAUCGAUUCGGAUGCGCUUAGCUGUAUCGGUGUGUCCUUAGCGUCCUAUCACGGUUGUCCAAUCGCGGGAACAUUAGAUUUGUGCAGCGAAGAAACACCGAUAAAUGGGAAGGGAAGAAAUGGAAUCCUUUCGUUUGGGGUUUCUAUUUACUUUCUAUUUGGGAUAUAUUCGAUAAGCUCAGUGUAUUUGAACCCUUAAGAAGAUGUAGGGAAAAAGUAGUAAACCAAGAAAAUUUUAAUUUAAUUCAAUGUGCGUAAUACAAGGUGUGGAUUGAAAAUAGCAAGAGAUUUUCAGAUUGUCUCAGAAACGUAACACAAUUUUAGGCACUUUUAGACCAUUUAGAUAACGUCACAAAAUCAGCAUAUAACUUCAUACAGACAGUAUCUGAGCUGCUGGUAAGCUCCUGACUAACGCAUAUAAACGUAGUUAGCGCGAAUGACAGCUAGCAAACGUUAGUAUUCAAUGUGUA